UUUGAUCACCACUGAGAGAGAAAAAAUCAAAACCCAGAAAUGUUAGCUCGAAAGCUCUCAGCUUCCAAAUUCAAACAUGGGUUUCGCCUCUCCUUCAUCACUUCUUCUUCUCAGGUAAGCAAGUUUCAAUCUUUAAACUCUCACUUACUUUCCAAUUUUAAUUCAGCCCCUUAUAACCAAUACCCACACCAAUCUCCUUCAAAUCUUCCUAGAUUUUUCACUUCUGAAUCACAAACAUGUUUCAAAUUCAUAAGAGAAGGAAAUUUCGAUGUGAAUUCAUCUCAAAAUCAUCUAGUUUGCCCUGGUUGUGGUGUUCAUAUGCAAGGAUUAGACCCAAAAUUACCAGGUUACUUCCUGAAACCCUCAGAGAAGAACCCAGAUUAUAAAAUGAAGUUAGAUAGAAAACCCAGUGUUGACGAAAGUGAGAUCUCAAACUCUAUGGAAAGGGGAAACCUUGAUGAAAUUGAUGACCCCGAAGAAGCUACUGAAUUUGGUUCGAAACCGGGUGUUUGUGCUAGAUGUCAUUCGUUACGCUAUCGCAGGAGAUUGAAUGAUGCUGCGGUGGAGAAAUUGUUACCAGAUUUUGAUUUUGAUCAUACAAUUGGUAGGAAAUUGGUUUCGACAAGUGGGGCACAGUCGAUUGUUUUAAUGGUUGUUGAUGCUGUUGAUUUCGAUGGGUCGUUUCCUAGGAAAAUUGCUAGAUUGAUUUCGGAUAUUGAGGAGAAUUCAGUAGAUUGGAAACAAGGGAAAACGGGGAAUGUACCUAGAGUUGUUCUUGUAGUGACGAAAAUUGAUUUACUUCCACCUUGUGUAUCGCCCACGAGGUUGGAGGAUUGGGUUCGUACGCGAGCGCGUGAAGGGGGAGCUAAUAAUGUUACUAGUGUUCAUUUGGUUAGUGCAGUUAGAGGUUGGGGUUUGAAACAUCUUGUGGAUGAUGUUUGUAAGCUGGCUGGUGCUAUAGGAAAUGUUUGGGCUGUUGGAGCACAGAAUUCAGGGAAAUCAACGUUGAUUAAUUCGAUAAGUAGACAUGCUAGUGGAGGGGAAGCUACUGAAUUAACUGAAGCUCCUGUGCCUGGGACUACUUUGGGGAUUAUUAGGGUCGAGGGUGUUCUUCCUGGUGAAGCGAAAUUGUUUGAUACUCCAGGACUUCUGCAUCCUCACCAGCUUACGACAAGAUUGACGUGGGAAGAACAGAAAUUGGUGCAGAUAAGGAAGAAGUUGAAACCAAGAACUUACAGAAUCAAGGCUGGUUAUACUGUUCAUAUUGCUGGCCUAAUGAGACUGACUGUAGAAGAAACAUCUCUCGAUACAGUUUACGUGACUGUCUGGGCUUCUCCCCACCUUCCUUUGCAUAUGGGAAAACCAAAGCAUGUUGAGACUAUGCUCGAACGCCAUGUUGGUCAUGAGUUACAGCCACCUGUCGAUGUGAAAAGAGUCAAGGAACUUGGAAACUGGGUGCGAAGCGAAUUUUGUGUAUCGGGCAACAGUUGGGAUGUAAGCUCCAUGGACGUCUCAGUUUCUGGUGUUGGUUGGUUUGCAGUGGGACUAAAAGGGGAAGCCCGCUUAGGAGUUUGGACUUACGAUGCCAUUGAUGUCACAUUACGGAACUCACUUAUCCCACAAAGAUCAAACUACUUUCAAGUGCCAGGAUUUAUAGAAUGCAAAAAGCUGAAGAAGCAAAUGCAGAGGAAAGAAACUCGUUUUGAUUCAUCACUGUUACCAGAUAAUGCUGCAGAUACAAGUUCUUGCUGAUUAAAGGUUGUAAGUUUAUCUGAAAUGAGAGUCCCCGGCUGGUUUCAAAUUUCACCUAAAGCUGGACCCUUGGCAUGAAAAUGAAGUAAUGGGAAAGGAAGCCACUGAAUGGUUCGACUGAGAAAAAUAUUGGUAUUCAAAUGAGAAACUAGGCACGGAUAAUGAGAACCCUUAUCGAAUUCGAAGUAUAUUUAUGAAAAGCCAGCUGAUUGAUUGUUUUGUUUCGCUCUACUAUCUUGUCAUUCCACAUAUGGUGCAGAGAAAUGAGGAUAUUUUUUCUUGUUAAGAAAACCCAAGGAUUCAGAAUAUCAAACAUGAAAUUGCAGGUACCUAAGUUUGGAACUGAGAUUUACCAGGUGUAAUUUGUUCGUGGUAGUUGUUAUCAGCUAAUGUAAGCCAUCAUUAAGUACUCUCGGCACAAUCAGAUGAUUAAAAAAAAAUCCAUUGAUCUCUAUCAUAGCAUCAAGUGGUGAUGCUAUCUCUAUUAAUUUGUAUUUAUAUCUUGUUCAA